AUGGAUUUGAAUUGGACACCAGAAGAACUUAGUUUUAUUGCAGAACAAGAAACAACCAUUAAGAUCACUCCUAACUUCAACCUCGAUAAAAUGGACUUUAUUUCCGGAUCAUUUGGAUCUUUUCGUGCAGGCCAUCAAAUAAAAGUUCCGUUAUGGCUUGGAUUACACCUUAAUAAAAAAGAUGCUUGUACACUUCAUCCUCCUUCAUGGUUAACGAUCUCAAUUCUUAAACAAUUAAUUGCACGUGAAAAAGAAAACAAAGAAGCGUUAGGUAAAGUACCAUCUCAUUAUAUUGAAGUAGCCUUUGCAUUUUUUAAUAGUGAACGCUCAAAUAUUGUAGAACCAGAUUUAGUAAGAUCAUUAAUUGAAGAUUUAUGGACCUUGAGAAUUGAAAAAAUCCGAUCUAUAUUCACUAAAAAGGCCGAAAAUCUUACAGAACUUUAUUUUACCUGCGAAAAUAUUACUAAAAUGGAAGUUCAUAUGUUUAGAGAGCCAAUUUCAGCAAUCAUUAGUAUAUUAGCUUCACUAUAUGAUAAAGCAACUGAAAAUCAAGAGAAUACCCAAGAAUAA